UUCUUGUUCUUCAAUUUCAUCAUGGCUGCUGCUGCUGCUGCUACUACUACUACGGAUUUCGACAUGGAUGAUUACCAAUUCCCCCUUCCUGGAUUCCGCUUCCAUCCCACGGAUGAAGAGCUUGUCGAUUACUACCUCCGUCGGAAGGUCCACAACAAAUCCGUUACCCUCGAACUCAUCAAACAGAUUGAUAUUUACCGAUACAACCCUUGGGAGCUUCCUUAUAUCGGUGGGACGAGCGGAGAGAAAGAGUGGUACGUGUUCGUGAAGAGAGGGAGGAAGUACAAGAACAGCGUGAGACCGAAUAGGGUAACGGGGGCGGGGUUUUGGAAGGCGACGGGCAUUGACAAGCCGAUUUAUUCACAAGGAGAACAAGGAAAGGGGUGCAUUGGUCUGAAGAAAACCCUAGUUUUUUACAAGGGAAGUGCUGGAAGAGGCGUCAAAACUGAAUGGAUGAUGCAUGAGUUUCGUCUUCCUCCAAGCAAUGGCUCCAAUUCCCACAAUUCCCACAAUUCCCACAAUUCCCACCUCCCCAAAACCAUAAUCAAUGGUGAUCAAGAAGCGGAGAUUUGGACGCUAUGUCGUAUAUUCAAACGGAGUGUUACGUGUCGAAGAUAUACACCGAAUUGGAAAGAAAUGAUGAAGACCAAAAGAUGUAGUAAUAGUGUGGGUGAUGAAUGUUAUGAUGAAGAUGGAAGAGAAACUUAUAUAAGUUUUGGGUGUAAUUCGUUUAAUGGGUUUGAAGAGAAGAAGGCAACAAAAGAAGGAGCAGCUGAAGUGGUGAACCAAUCUCCAGCUUCAUCGGAGUUCUCCAACUUUGAGGAAGAUUGGGAUGAACUCAGAUCCAUUGUGGACUUUGCUUUUGAUCCUUUUUUCAAUAACCCUUCAAUUUAGUUAUAUGUAAAUAACACACAUACACUAACUACUAUGGGAAUUUGCUGUU